AUGGCAGAUCUACCUCCACAGUCCAUGCCACCCGCGGUGGAACAUCUUAAUAUAAAGGUGACGGACAACAACAACGAGGUCUUCUUCAAGAUCAAGAGGAGCACGCAGCUAAAGAAGCUGAUGGAUGCAUUUUGCGAACGUCAAGGGAAACAAAUCUCCACCGUCAGGUUCCUGUUCGAUGGCACCAGAGUACGCCCUGACGAUUCGCCCGAUACCCUUGAUAUGCAAGACGGUGAUACCCUAGAAGUACACCAAGAGCAAAUUGGCGGCUGA